CUGUUCAUAAAUGCCAAAGAUCUGUCAUUUAUGAACAGGAUGCUAGACGAGCCGAUUUGCUUUUGGCGCGGCAACUCAGCUCUGAGAGUCGGAAUAUAUUCAAUCGUUUGGUUGCCAGAGCAUUUAAUUGUUCGUGACCAUGACAAUAGAGUUGAUUGAAUGAAUUGUUUAUUUAGAUCACAGGUUUGUUCAUGUUUUUGAUUUAUUUUCUCCUUGGUUACCGUUGGUGAUGGUGAAAUCAUUGUUAUUGUUUCUUGAACCUUAAAGUGAGAAUCUACAGUUUUCUUUUUGAUUUAAAAAUGUCUUCAAAUCAUCAGCAUUUAAAUGGCGAUGAUUUUCGAUCUCGAACAUCCGGUGGUAGCGGUGGAUCAACAUCAAGUGUAACAAUAUCUUAUACACCAAUACCUGCUCAUUUACAUACAUUAACAUCGUGUUCAAAUACAGUUCACGUCAAUGCCAAUGCUCCUCAUAUAGCAUUUUCUCGUUUGGUCACUUUUCAUCUUCAGGAAUCAACAAAUUUUUCCAUUAAUAAAACAAUCCAGCUGUUGCUCGAAGUGGACACCCGAUUCAAUGAAAUUCGUGAAGAGAUUUCUGUUCGUAUAUUGGAUCCGAAUGAUCCGUUUUUCAUCUAUCUUUAUUCAAUCGAUUUUAAUGAAUAUAAAAAGAUCAAGCAAACGCAAAAUCUAUUGGUUUCGUUCGAAAAGUUUUCAGACAAAUUGAUUAAUAUGUUUGAAAAAUGUUCAAUAUCAUCUUCUGGUUCUGCCACUAGUACCCGUACAUCAGGAAUUCUUCAUUCCGAUACUGGAUCAAGCAGUUACAUUCUAUGUAUGCGAAAUUUGUGCCGAACAAUGCUCACAAUGGAUAUUGUCGAAUUGAAUGAAUUCAAAAAUAUUAUCCAUUUAUCAUUCGAAAUUCCAUCGGCAAGUGAAGAAUUUGUUCGAAGUAAUUAUUGUACAAUCUAUCGAAAAUCAAAAACUGAAAUCGAAUCUUUGCAAAUGCGGAUCGCGUCGUUGGAAGAUCAACUAAGCACAAUGACUAUCGUAAAAGCUAAAGAGGUACAAAGUUUGAAGUUAGAAUUCGAUUUGGAAAAACAAUCUAUUGAGAAAAAACUGAAAGAUGUCGAGCAAAGAUAUACACAAGAGCAGACCAAAUGGGAUGAUAUGGAAAGAAUUUUAAAAUCGAAAUGUCAAAAACUACAAACUGAAUCGAGAAAUCGUGAAGAAACGUUGAACAUAGAACGUAAAGAGCAUGAAAAACAGUAUCAUGAAUGGAAAGAAAAAUUAAAUGAAGAAGUGGUCAAACGUAAUAAUAAAUUGAAAGAAUUGGAUGAAAGAAAUCAGCAAUUGAAUGCCGAAAUGGGUAUUUUAAAAAUAGAAAAAGAGCAAACUAAUCAGAUAGUUGUUAAAAACGAAACGGAAAUGCAAUCGAUUCGUAACGAUUUAAUCAAAGCAAAUGAAAUUAUUCGUAAAUUACAGAAUGAAGUUAAAUCUUGCCAGGAAAAAAUCAACACACUAAAUGAAGUCACAGAUAAACAAGAAGAAAUUGUCGGUAUAAAAGAAUCGACAGUCGAAAGGUUGAGUUUAGAUCUAAAGCUUUGCCUACAACAAUUAAAAUCGAAAGAAAAAGAGAUUGACCGAUUGAAAUCGGAUUAUGAACGACAAAAAUGUCAUUGCUCACAAUUGGAAUUACAAUUAGCAAGUAGUAAAAAGAUAAUAUCGAACAUGCACAAAGAAUUGGAUCGAUUAAAACUGGAGAAAAAACAGCUAGACAAUAAUCAUCGUUUGAAAGAAUUGCAUUUUGUUGAUGUUCAUGACAAUGAUGAAGAGGAUGAUCAUUGCAAAAACAGUUGCAAUGGAAAUACUAAAUAUGAAUCGGGAGCCACCAAGAUUAACAGAUGUCCAACUAAAUCAAUGAUCCGUUCAAAAACAGCGGAAAAUAUUUCCGAGAUUCAAACUCAAUCAAACCCCAAUUGGGACGAAUACGACCCCAGUAAAUUGAGUCAAUCAAAGAAAUCUUUCCUAUUUACAAACACUUCACGAGAAUUGCCAUUGAAAACAGUCAAUUUACGAACCACCAACUGUAACCGUAAUCAGACCAAUGUCAUAUCAUCUUCAUUACCUCCACCAUCAUCAUGUGGCAAUUCUAAACGACGUUCGGUUAUUUAAUUUAUAAAUCAUAAUGACCAUUAUCAUCGUCAUCAUCAUAUUUAAGAAUAUUUUUGCAAUUUCCUUUGCUACCAUGUAUUCGUCCUCCUUCAUGAUCGGA